AGCAGCCGCAGCACCACUGCUCGCUUCGGCUGCAGACGCCCCACAUCCCCCGACCGCCAGUAUGAUCGCCGCGCAGCUCUUGGCCUAUUACUUCACCGAGCUCAAGGAUGACCAGGUCAAAAAGAUUGACAAAUAUCUCUAUGCCAUGAGACUCUCCGAUGAGACUCUGUUAGAUAUCAUGACUCGUUUCAAGAAGGAGAUGGAGAACGGCCUCUCCCGGGAUAGUAAUCCAACAGCCACUGUCAAGAUGUUGCCAACAUUUGUGAGAUCCAUUCCCGAUGGUUCAGAAAAGGGAGAUUUCAUUGCACUGGAUCUUGGUGGAUCCUUCUUUCGAAUUCUGCGGGUGCAAGUGAAUCAUGAGAAAAACCAGAAUGUUCAUAUGGAGUCCGAGAUUUACCCAACUCCGGAGAACAUCGUGCAUGGCAGUGGAAGCCAGCUUUUUGAUCAUGUUGCUGAGUGCCUGGGAGACUUCAUGGAGAAGAAGAAUAUCAAGGGCAAAAAUUUACCUGUGGGACUCACAUUUUCAUUUCCUUGUCGUCAGUCCAAGAUAGAUGAGGCCAUUCUGAUCACGUGGACAAAGAAAUUUAAGGCGAGCGGAGUGGAAGGAGCAGAUGUGGUGAAGCUGCUAAACAAAGCCAUCAAAAAGCGUGGGGACUACGACGCCAACAUUGUGGCCGUGGUGAAUGACACCGUGGGGACCAUGAUGACCUGCGGCUAUGAUGACCAGCAGUGUGAAGUCGGCCUCAUCAUUGGCACCGGCACCAAUGCGUGUUACAUGGAGGAAUUGAGGUACAUUGACCUGGUGGAAGGCGACGAAGGCAGGAUGUGCAUCAACACUGAGUGGGGCGCCUUUGGGGACGACGGGUCCCUGGAAGACAUCCGCACCGAGUUUGACCGGGAGAUAGACCGAGGAUCUCUUAACCCUGGAAAACAGCUGUUUGAGAAGAUGGUCAGUGGCAUGUACCUGGGGGAGCUGGUUCGACUCAUCCUGGUCAAGAUGGCUAAGGAGGGCCUUUUAUUUGAGGGGCGGAUCACCCCAGAGCUACUUACCAGAGGGUCGUUCAAUACCAGUGAUGUGUCAGCGAUUGAAAAGAACAAGGAAGGCCUUUACAAUGCCAAAGACAUCCUGACCCGCCUGGGAGUGGAGCCGUCUGACGCCGACUGCAUUUCAGUCCAGCACGUGUGCACUAUCGUCUCCUUUCGCUCUGCCAACCUGGUCGCUGCCACACUGGGCGCCAUUCUGAACCGCCUCCGAGAAAACAAGAGCACUACCAGGCUGCGGACCACGGUUGGUGUCGACGGGUCUCUUUACAAGACACACCCACAGUAUUCCCGACGUUUCCACAAGACUCUAAGGCGCUUGGUGCCCGACUCCGACGUCCGUUUCCUUCUCUCAGAAAGUGGCAGUGGCAAGGGGGCUGCCAUGGUGACAGCAGUGGCCUACCGCCUUGCUGAGCAGCACCGGCAGAUAGAGGAGACGUUGGCCCGUUUCCGCCUCACCAAGGAUAAGCUGCUGGAGGUGAAGAAGAGGAUGCGGACUGAGAUGGAGUUGGGACUAAAGAAGAAGACAAAUGAGAAGGCUGUUGUCAAGAUGCUGCCCUCCUUUGUCCGGAGCACUCCUGAUGGAAGUGAAAAUGGUGACUUCUUGGCCCUGGAUCUUGGAGGAACGAAUUUCCGUGUCCUGCUGGUGAAAGUCCGUAGUGGGAAAAAGAGAACUGUGGAGAUGCAUAACAAGAUCUAUGCCAUUCCUAUUGAGAUCAUGCAGGGCACCGGGGAAGAGCUGUUUGACCACAUCGUCUCCUGCAUCUCUGACUUCCUGGACUACAUGGGCAUCAAAGGUCCCAAAAUGCCUUUGGGCUUCACAUUCUCGUUUCCCUGCAAGCAGACGCGUUUGGAUGCGGGAAUCUUGAUCACCUGGACAAAGGGGUUCAAAGCAACUGACUGCGUGGGACAUGAUGUCGUGACCUUACUGAGGGAAGCAAUAAAAANNNUAAAGGAGUUUGACCUGGACGUGGUGGCCAUAGUCAACGACACAGUGGGUACCAUGAUGACCUGUGCUUAUGAGGAACCUUCCUGUGAGAUUGGACUCAUCGUAGGAACUGGCAGCAAUGCUUGCUACAUGGAAGAAAUGAAGAAUGUUGAGAUGGUGGAGGGGAAUGAGGGACGAAUGUGCAUCAACAUGGAGUGGGGUGCCUUUGGGGACAAUGGGUGUCUGGAUGAUAUCCGAACAGAAUAUGACAAAAUGGUAGAUGAAUUUUCUCUCAACGCUGGAAAACAAAGGUACGAGAAGAUGAUCAGUGGCAUGUACCUGGGUGAGAUCGUCCGCAACAUCCUCAUUGACUUCACCAAGAGAGGGUUCCUUUUCCGGGGGCAGAUCUCCGAGACGCUGAAGACUCGGGGCAUCUUUCAGACCAAGUAUCUCUCUCAGAUUGAGAGCGACCGAUUAGCGCUGCUCCAGGUGCGGGCCAUCCUCCAGCAGCUGGGUCUCAACGGUACCUGCGACGACAGUAUCCUCGUCAAGACUGUGUGUGGCGUGGUGUCCAAGAGGGCAGCGCAACUAUGCGGUGCAGGCAUGGCUGCGGUGGUGGAUAAGAUCCGAGAGAACAGAGGGCUGGACCGCCUCAACGUGACUGUAGGGGUGGAUGGGACACUCUACAAGCUUCAUCCACACUUUUCCAGAAUCAUGCACCAAACCGUGAAGGAACUGUCACCUAAGUGUAAUGUCUCCUUCCUCCUGUCUGAAGACGGCAGUGGCAAAGGAGCGGCUCUCAUCACGGCAGUGGGUGUGCGGCUCCGAGGAGGGACGAGCAGCUAAGACCCCCAAGGCCUCAUUCUACCACCCUCCAGCACUACUCUCCAACUGGUGACCCCCACAUCCUCUCAGUGUGCGUUACUGGGAGAUGUUGCCGCCUGAGCUCGCUGCUGCCACAGCGGGGAGGAAAACAAAAUCCAACUAAUGGCGCAUAACGUAGGGUACAAAAAAAAAAAAAAGAGUGUGUGCUGAUAAUCUCUCUCACCUCCGGACCCCUCCUCGCCUGCCCUGCCUCUCUGCAUGAUUUGAUUUCAACCUGGUCAUACGUUCCCCGUGUGUGAAACUUAGUAGCGUCGGUUUCUAAUUUAUGCAUCCGUCCAACAGUUAUUUAUUGGCCCAAGAUGAAAAGUCACACCAUCUGACAGGCCUUACGGGCCGCCCCAGCUCCUGUGUGAAAUGUAUUAUCACCAGCAGACACUGCCGGGACUCCUCGCAGGGGCAUGUCUCCCCGCUUCCUCUGUCCCAGCACCCACUGCUGUCUGGCAUAGUGAAGUUCCCAUGGGGACGUGACAGUGCCACUGAAUUGUAUGUCCAUGGAACCAGUUGCUGCUAUGUUGUGACAGUCUUGCUUUCUGUCUGUCUUGCCUGGGGCGUGGGGGGUGGGGGUGGGCAGGCCUUCGGGGAAGUGUCUUGUCUCCAUUUGGUUAAAAGGAACCAAGCAUCAAACAGUGCCCUCAUUGUAAUUUCCCACCGCUUUUGUGAGCCAUGUCGUAUGACCUAGUAAACUUUGUACCAAUUCAA